AUUUAAGUAUUUGUACCAAUUUAAUUAUAUACGUAAUAUUUACUAAUUUUUUUAUUAUUUAAUAUAUAUUUAUUAUUUCAUAAUACGUAAAAUAAUAUAUAAUACUAAAAAAUAAUUUAUAUAUAAUAUUUAUUCCGCGGAGGGUGCGGAUCUUAACCGAGUAAAUGUUUAAAAGUCUGCUCCGUUGAAAUCAGAGUGAAUACGUUAUAUAGAAAAAAUGAAACAAAUUAGAAUUAGGGUUAAUUUAUGUCAAAAAGGAAAACUUGGUGAGCAAGUCCCUUCAUAUGUAUUAAUGUGAGCAAUUAGGGUUUCAUUUCUUUACUAAAAGUAUUCAUGUCUCUGAUUCUCAACCAGCCCCCAAAGCUAUGCUUGCGGAAACCAGUGUUGGUAAGAUGCUCUCCUCUUCACCACUCUAAUGGUUACUCAUCUGCUUCAUUGCCGCAAUCACAAAUCCUUCCUUCAACCAUCUUCUGCGCGGAUCCUUGUAGACCACAUCUCGUAAGACGCGUGGUCAGGAGGGAUGGUGACAUGCAUGCUCUUGAUUACGAGAUGCCUCGUGAUUUUAUGGAGCUAACGGAAAUGAUAGGAACAUCCAAUGGAUGGGUAACGUGUUUGGUGGACGGCAUUGUGCGAAUCCGGGAAUACCCGGGCCCGGGGAAGAAUCGUAAACAGUUGAGAAUCAUUUUUUUACCUCCUCAUGAAACGCUGCCUCUAUGCCAAGCCCAAAUGGCCACCAACGUGGCAAUGUCCUCAUCUUCUCCGGAGAAGGAGGAGUGUGCUGUGGCUGUCAAGUUCUUGGGACCUCAACUAAGCAUUUGUAAACCGGCUCAAAGCAACGCCGAGUGGAUCAACAUCAGAAUCUCAAACCCUUGUUUCUUUUCCUCCCCUGUCAUGUAUUCGGAGAAAGAGGACAUGUUUCGCAUUAUCGGAUCUGGAGGCCACCUUGUUGGAUCAUGGGAUCUCGGCAAACACAAGUGCACACCAAAGGUUCAGAGACUUCAAUUUCAAAACCUUCCGGAGCUGAGCAAGGCCAAGCGGGAGCUUCUGUACUCGAGCAACACAAGCGAACACUUGGUGGAGUCAAGAACCACCGGUGAAACUUUCAUGGUUAAGUGGUACAAAAGGACGACCAAGACCAUCUACUGCAUAGAGAGAAUGGAAACAAAAGCUUUAAUGGUGUUGAAGAUAGACGAACAAGGUAACGCUGUUUACACUCAAGAUAUUGGUGAUCUCUGCAUUUUCCUCACAAGGUCCGAAUCUUUCUGUGUCCCUGCUUGCUCUGUUCGCCACAUGCGUCCUAAUCACGUCAAACUCAUGGAUGUCGACGAAUUCACUAUUAUCGAUCUGGCUGCUCAAAAGUGGAACUGAUAAGAACAUUAGUUUGGACUUGUGUUUUUUUUUCUGAGGCUAGAGUACUCUUGUCUUUUUCUUUAUAACCUUUCAAAUAUCCAAUCUAUUUUUUUCAUAUUUAUUAUCUGUGAGAUCGUUACGCAUAUGCUCCUGGACAAACCUUCCUAUCAUCUAUCACUAAAAUAGCAAUUUGGUUAUGCUUAAGCUAUAUUUAGUGUGUUCUUUGUGUUGUGACUUUAUAUAAUGGAAAGCUAUCUAUGCAUUGAGGUGAUAUUCCUUCUCUUUCGUAUUAUGUGCUCGUGAAGAGCAUUUUCCAUGAGCUUGGGAUCACAGAUGUCGAGACCAACUGCUCCGCCGGUGGAAGCGUGCGAUCAUUAAUGCUGGAAGAAGCUCGGAGGAUGUGCGUGAAGGAGAAAUAUUAACUUGUGCACCAUAUUUUCUUGUGAGCGCUUGGAAAAGGUGUUGAGAGAACACCAUAGUUUACUUCUCUGUUAGAAGAGAAACCUUUCCACACAAAAAAAAAAAGAGUUUAUAUACGAUUUUUAUAAUCAGAAAUCGAUUUAGAUUAUAUCAUAUCAACCAAAUUUUUCAAAAGAUUGGAUUUUUACCUGAUCACCAGUCAAGAGAGAAGUUUUUUCUCCGCGGACUUGGUAUUUGCUUCUGACUCAGAAUCCACCAGCCUAUUUUGCUUGGUUUUAGGCUACUAAUUUUCUUAGGAGGACAUCUAGAUUUACAAUACAGGUAGAGUAUUAUUAUGGUUUGGUGAGAAUGUUGUGAAUGGGGACCUUUUAUUUAUAAAUAUCGUAAAAUGGAAGACCAAGUAAGAUACUGAUGAAAUCCCUAGAAAAUAGAGAAGGAAGUGCAUAAAUAUUUGUAUACCAAGUUAAGAUACCAAAAUCGUUUGAAAAGAUAUGCAAGAGAAAAUCUAUAAGAAAUGGCAUAAAAUAUUUGUAUACCAAUUAAGAUACCACAAAACGUUUGAAAACCCGUAAUUAUGUUGCUCGUUUGAAAAUUUUAUUUUACUAAAAAAAUUAAAUGGCAUAUUCCCAUAUAUGAUUACGUAGCUGUCAUGUAUUGUUGCUGUUUGAAUAAAAACAAUUACGAAAAAUGCUGAUUUUAAUUAAAAACAUAUGUUUAAAUAAAAUUAGUGGCAGUGUAUUGUAAUUACUUUAAAAAUAGGAGAGUACCUCAAAAAAGAGGGUCUUCUGUUUUAAUAGUAUUGAUUUAGAUAAAUAAUAAGGUUUUGUUUUCUUAUAUAUUUAGUUAUAAAAACAAAAACGGGAAGGCUUAGGGUUUAUCUUUAACGCAAGACAAGUCGAAAGUGGAAAACUCCAACGCGAAGCUUGUUAAAGGUAUGAUUUACCCAUGUCUCUUAACCAGAAUUCUUAACUUAUGAUUUGAUUUUUUUUUACACUUUCUGUUAAGAGACGGAUUUUAUAUCUCUUAUUUAAAAGACAGUUCUUAAUUUUUUUUGUUAAAAUUAAAAAAAAAAAGCUAAAAAUCGUCUCUUACCCAAAAUUAAGAACCUCAGUUAACAGACUGGGGUUAAUGAUGAUCUAAGAUCCAUUAUAAUUCUUUGCAAAUGUUACAAGACUCACAACUGAUCCAACUAGUAUCCGUUCAAAUCCGUCGAGCGAUCUCAUUUUAUUUACAUGAUCUAGAAAAGAUUGCCUUUCUUGUUAGAAUAGUUUAGCAGUUGAUUAUAAUAAUUCCGCGAUGGACAUCGCUACUACAUGCACCGUGUGUCCACGUGGAAUAGUAACUCUAUGCAUUUUAAUGAUUACAUCGAAUUCAAUAUACGCGUUUAACGAUUUUAGAAUACACACUGAGACAGUUAACUUGAUACGAGUGGAGAUCACAUCUAUUACGUACCGGGUUGUUUUCUUUACUAUAUUUUUUUUCCAUAAUUUAACAGUUUAUUUGAAUUUCACAUCGCAUGAAAACAAGCUGCGAUUAUUAUUUAUAUAUAUAUAUAUGUAAAUAAUAACAAAAGACUAGUAAACUAAGCAGAUUCCAAACCCGUUAGCCACUUUAGAAAAAUUGAAUCAACAUAAACUAUAGCAGAAGACAGGUUCCGAGUACCACGUGCAAGCUUAUCCGCUAUUAUAUUUUUUGUUUUUAAGAUAUGUUGGAGCGAGAAAAUUUAAAAAAAUUCCUUACUUCGCAAAUUUUUUUCCAUGUGUGUAUUGAACGCUGGCCACUCUGUAGGUGUAGACACCAUCUUCACCAUAUCAAUCUCAUAUAUAGCUUUGAUUAUCGAAAAAGUGUAGGUCAGUUAAAGGUUGAAGGAUAUGGAGAUAUAAAGAGAAGCCACCCAAAUUGUAGAUUGGCGACUCUUGAAGAUUAUAAAGCGUGACAUUCUCCUUUUAACACAUAUAAAUCAUAGAUAUCAAUGACUUUCAAGUAAGAACGUUCCCUUUUCUCUUUAACGAUGAUUUUCUCCACUACAUAUUAAACCCCAACGUUCGUAAAAGGCGUUCAAUAAACCUAAAACAACAUUUUGUUUGCAUUUGUUCAAUUGCUUGCAUACAUAAAUAUUAAAUAGAUUAUAAACUAGUGCAUUUUUAUAUCGAGAAUUCGAGAUUGUAGAAAUCAAAAUGGGCCAUGAGAAAUAGAUAUAUGCGUUCGUAAUUAUGGUCGUAUAUAUUUACAUAAUCAUUCCUAUAAUCUACUGAACAUUAGCAAACCAAUCAUCUCUUCUAUAAUUUUAAACUUGUAGGGUAAUAGCUUGUGCUUUUUAUUUUAUUUUUUAAAAAAUCUUGGAAAGUUCUCAAUGAUUGGGGGCAUUUCGAUCGGCCUAUAAUUAAAUUACUGGACUAACAUCAGAACCCAAAAUCCAACUUUAGUUGUAGCAUAUACUAGCUAUGUGACUAUGAUAUUCUCCAAAUCAUAUACUAAUUACAUUGUUUAUUGUAGAU